GAUUGGCUGAGGGGUCGGCGGCCGUUGGGGCGGGAAAACACUGCCUGGAGAGACGGCUCGAGGCCGUGGUGCAAAUUGGGUUUUCCUCAGACUUGAGGAGAAGACAAAACACCAGGGGGUCGAAGACUCCAGUGUGUGGCAAAAGGCUCUGGAGAGAAGCUAAGUGGGUCCAUAUAUGGGUCCAGUGAGACGUGUGGGGGUCCAAAAAGGCUUUUGAAAAUGAACAGAGCUGUGAGGCCCAGAUUGGCUUCCCUCAGUGACUUUCAGUUUGGAGCUGCCGCCACGGAGACCAUAGAAGACGCGCUGUUGCACUUGGCCCAGCAGAAUGAGCAAGCGGUGCUGGAGGCUGCCGGCCGGAUGGGCAGCUUUAGGGACACCCGGAUUGUGGAGUUUGUUUUUCUCCUGUCUGAACAAUGGUGUCUGGAGAAAUCCGUGAGCUACCAAGCUGUAGAAAUCCUAGAAAGUUUUAUGGUUCAGCAGACAGAGACUAUCUGCAGGCAAGCCGCACUCCAGCCAAGAGAUAAGGCAGAACUUCAGAACUGGAGGGCCCUGAAAGAGCAGCUUUGCGACAAGUUUAUCCUGCGUCUCGUGUCAUGCGUUCAGCUGGCAAGCAAGCUCUCCUUCCACUACAAAAUCAUCAGCAACGUUACUGCAUUGAAUUUCCUCCAGGCUCUAGGGUAUCUCCACACUAAAGAAGAACUUUUGGAGUCAGAGCUUGAUGUUUUGAAGUCCCUGAACUUCCAAAUCAAUCUGCCUACUCCCUUGGCCUAUGUGGAGAUGCUCCUGGAGGUUUUAGGAUACAAUGGCUGUUUGGUCCCAGCCACACGGUUGCAUGCAACUUGUCUAACCCUGCUCGACCUGGUUUAUCUUCUGCAUGAACCCAUAUAUGAGAGUCUGCUGAGGGCUUCAAUUGAGAACUCCACGCCCAGUCAGCUGCAAGGGGAAAAGUUUACUUCAGUGAAGGAAGACUUCAUGCUGCUGGCGGUAGGAGUCAUUGCAGCAAGUGCUUUCAUCCAAAACCAUGAGUGCUGGAGCCAGGGACCAGGUGGUCAUAUUCUCUCCAGCAGCAACAUUGGACCAGUCUUUGCCUAUCGGUGUCAGGUUCAUUGAGCACUGGGAGGAUACUGACCUGUAGGGAAGACAAAAACGGGUCUCGCCUUUCUCAACCUCCUCUUUGAACUGCUGCACACAGUCCAGGAAAGCCACCAUUGCAUGGUCAAACUUGUUGUCCCAGAAAAACCGCAACCCUCCGGAACAGUAUAAUGGCAGCUCCUGCCCAGGAAGAGAGAACUGGCUGUGGGUGUGGCAUCACCAGAUAACCAGAGACUGCACCCCAUCCUACCAAUCUCCCAAGUCAUGGUCUGUUUGUAAACAGUAACUCUGGCAAAUAACAACGCAUCUGGACCUGUUUCACCAUCGAUGGGACUGUAUUACACCUCUACCUCACGGUGACCCCUUCCCCAUCUCAGCACACACAUUCUCCUCUGAUCUGCCCAUAGUCUUCUGGACAAACUGUGAAAACCUAAUUUUUUUCUCUACAGGUGCAAAAGAGUUAAUCCUAAACUAGACAAGACAGUGAACAAGAAAUUGGUUCCUCGUGAGACAGCUCAGCCUAAGAAAACUGUUUCAUUAGCAGGGACAAGAAUUCUACAUCCCGGUGGAAAUGGAGCUGCCAGAAUACCUUGGAUUUGUCUGUCAGAGACUCCAAAUAUGAAUGGUUUCCAUAGGGAACAAGUCGAUACCUAGAAAGGAGAUGCAGACAGAGAUGGACAGGUCUCCCUCUAAAGCGAUUACUGGAGUGUUAAAAUCCAGUGAUCUGUCUCCAUCCCACAAGGGACUUCUUUUAUUAUUCCCACCCCUCUCCCUCACCUCCCACAGGUUCCACGUUUAAAUGAUUUUGUUUUCUGAACAAACUACAUUUAUUAUAGUUGUUUGGGGGCCUUUUAUGGGCAAAUGGAUGUUUUAAAUUUAAAAACAAAAACUGAAAAGAGCCUGAGGAACACUGAAAUUCUGGAGGCAGGAGGUGGGGGCCGCAGGCGUGGCCAUGUGGCUCGAGGACUACUCCGUCCAUGAACCCUGUGUUGGAGUGUGAAACCAGAGGCAGACAACACACAGAAAACUCCUAGUCUGUCGGGAGCAAAAACUCAUGGCCGAGGGGAAAGCAGUAGCAGGUUGAAGAUACAAAUCACAUCAAAGACACACCAUACUCCCAUAGAAAGGGCUGCAUUUUUACCUCUGGAAUUUGAGACCCAUCUUAUUGGCCAGGGCAUGGAGCAGCAGCACUGUCUGGCCCCAGGCUGCAUUAAUCUCAUUCCAUUCCACAGGAACACUGGGCAGACGGCCCAGUCUGAAGUUAUUGAUUGUGCCAAAUUGUCCACUAUGCCUACAGAGGAAGGCAGAAGGGCAGAGAAAACACAGGGAGAACUUAAAACUAAGAAACUCCUAAAACUUCCUAUUCUCAUCCAAAACCUAGCAUAAUCUCAUCUCCAGACGAAUACAUCUAAGCUCUUCUUGGUUCUUCAAACACAUAUCAAAAACGAAGCCCUCCUCUUCCCACCUGCUCCUCAGAGGUCAAAGCAGAAAUUCGGUGUCAUCCUUGAGCAUCUCAUCUCCCUUCCCCCCAGAAACAACUAAGCUCUGUUGAUUCUAUCUCCUAAACCUGUCCACUUCUCUCUGCUGAUUCCAUCUCCUAAAGCUGUCUACUCCCCUACCUCAAUGCCAGUACUCUUUUUCCUGUUUGGGUUCCUACUGACAAGUCUCCUUACCAAUGACACUGCCCUCCUCCCCAAGUCAUUCCCCACACUGCAGGUUCAUUACUCACAAAUGCAAAUAUACUUUCCUGCCCCAAACGCUUUAUCCAACUUCUUUUGAAUAAAGUCCAAAUCCCUCAAUGAGGCCGACAUGAUCCUUUAGGAACUGAUAACUCUCCACUUUAUAUCCUGUCACUCUCCCCUUUACAAUCUGAGUCACAACAGCUCCUUUCAGAGCUCUGAAUGCACCACUCCCACUUUCCCCUGUUUCUUUGCACAUAAUGUUCUCUCUGCCAGGAACAACCCCCCUCCUCUGCAGACUUCCACUUCCAGUCUCAGCUUAAACAUCAACCUCUUCUGGGAAAACUUUCCAUGCAGCCUUCCCAUGUUAGGUAAAGUGCCCUUAUGUGUUCUCACAGCACCACAGGUUUGUCCUUAUCACACUGUGUUACUUAUUUAUCCAUCCGGUCCACUAAAUUAUAAGCAGAAGGCAGAACACAUAAUCUUUGCUAUUGCACUUCUAGUGCUUAGCACAGUGCCUACCACUAGUAUCUUAAAAGAUACUAGUUAAAUGAACACGACUUUCAAAUAAACUAAUAAAUACAUGAUCCUGGAGAUAAGAAAUCAGUGCCAGAGGACCAGGUCUUCAUGCAGCGGAAGGCCAGAUCUUUCCCUUUCCUUGGAGGAGUGGAUGUCACCAAACUCUAGAAUUCCAGCCCCCUGACUAUGUUUUUCCCCUCACAAGGAAUGAAAGAUACCAGGAUGGGGUGAAGAUGACAUGCAGUCCAUUUCAUGGGAGAUGGGUCCCCUGGCUUAGUGGUCACAGCUAAGGUCCUGCUAUCUAGUGCUUCCCAGUUCCCAGAUGCUCCUCGCCCUCCAGCCUGUAUUACCAGAUGUGGAAGGUUGCAUUAAAGACAUUGGUUUUCUUCAAUUUUUCCAGUUGCAUCUGGGCAUAACGCAUCUGGUUUUCUACACUCUUCAGUUCAUCAUCCAGUUCCAGCUGUUGUCGUUUAAAUUCACUGUACUCCCUC